UUAAUCUUUUUUUUUUUGUGGCCAUGGAUGUUUCCACGAAGUAAACUGGCACCUUCUUUCUACCUAGCUUUUCCUCCGGCUUUCCCUUCCCAGAAAAUCUUUAAUCCCUUUUCAUGGUCCUUUUUUCUUCACAGCCAAACAGAGUUAUCAGGUUGCUGGAUAUCAUCUCAAGGAACGGGCACUCAUCUGUAUUUCUAUCCAAAAUCGGUUCAUUUUCUCGAGAUGGGCUCAGCAAUAAAAGGUUUCAUGGAAUUAGCUGAGCAAGUAGGGAGUAUUUUUGAGGUUGGGAACACUAUAUGGGGUUUAAUUGGAGACCACUGGAAACCACCUAGAGGCAUUGAUCGGAGUGUGAAUAAUCUGAAGAGAAAAAGAGAUCAAUUGAAUGGUCAGAAAGACGAUACGACGUUGAGAAUCAGAGCGGAGCUGCGUCCUAGAAAGGAAGUCAAGAAAGAAGUCGAGCUGUGGCUUGAAAAUGUCAAUAGGAUAGACAGAGAAAUAUCGAACCUCGAAUCCAAAGUCGGAGCCAGCGGCUUUUUCUCCCGUGGAUUUCUUGUGAAGGAUGUUUGCAAGAAGGGACAAGAAGUUGAUGAAUUGAUUGGAAGGGGUGGAUUUUCCGAUGCAUUGGUUGUCUAUGAUUGUUCACAGAUUGGUUGCAUGUUGCCGGCAUCGAGUUUAGUCGUUGAAACGAUAGGACUUAAAAGGGAUGAGAUUCUGAGAUACCUUCGGACUAACGAUGAUGUUCGGAAGAUUGGAGUUUAUGGAAUGCCAGGAGUUGGUAAAACAAGUGUGGUCAAGCUUGUCAACAAUGAACUCUUAAAAGAUAAAAUCAAGUUCGAUAGUAGUAUGGUCACUGUAUCGACGAAAUGUGUUAUCGAACUGCAGGAUAAGAUUGCAGGGGCGAUGAAUGUUGUUAUUCCGGAAGACGAAGAUGAAACAUUACGAGCAGGGAUGCUGUCUGAAAUCUUGAGUGACAAGGGUAAAUUUGCUUUAAUCUUGGAUGAUGUACGGGAGAUUUUUUCCCUGGAAAAAGUUGGGAUUCCUGAGCCCUCUGCAGAUAACGGUAGUAAAAUCGUGCUAACAACUCAAUCGAUGGAUGUAUGUCGACGAAUGGAUUGUCGAGUAAUAAAAGUGGAACCACUUCCCGAAGCAGAUGCGUGGACAUUGUUCUCGGACAAGGUCGGUCGAAGCCUAAUGAGCUCCGCAGAUUUGUUUCCGGUUGCAAGAUCAAUUGUGGAUCGUUGUGCCGGUUUGCCAUUGGUAAUAGUCACAGUUGCCAGUACCAUGAGAGGUGAAUACAGUCCUCCUAUAUGGAGGAACGCAUUGGAGGAACUGAACCGGAACAUACCGGGGAUUACCGAUGUUAAGAACACGAUAUAUCGGCAACUGAGAUUCAGCUACAACCGUUUGAACGAUCCAAGAAUCCGGAAUUGUUUGCUGAGUUGUGCAUCGUAUGGUGAAGAUUCAGGAAUCCGAAAGGAGCAGCUCAUAAGGGAUUGGAUUGGAAAGGGAUUAAUAGAUGAUAUGGAUGAGGGACAGGCUAUAGUAAGAACACUAGUUGAUAAUUGCUUGUUAGAAAAUGUAGGAAAUGAAAGAAUUAAAAUGCAUGGUCUUGUAAGAGAUAUGGCUCAACAUAUCAAACAUGAGCUCUAUGAAUCAUGAAUUUUGCAUUUCAACUUUACAUAGAGACGGU